AUCAGUUGCCUCCUGUCGUAGCGCCGAGGCGGAUGUCUCGCGCUGUGCGUGCUUCAUUUUACGGGUAAAGUUAUCCCAAAAAUGAUGGAAGUGCCGGGAUUUGUGCGUUUGUUUUGUGUGCUGGCCGCUGUGAGUGGGAUCCUCGGCCAUGUUGAGGAUGCGACGCGCGUCUCGGACACCCUGCCGCCGAUCCACUUCGAGCCCCAGGUGGCGUUCCUUUGCAACGAGGGCCAGAGCUUCCACCCGCAGUACAUGAGCGACCAGGGCCGCUGGACCACGGACCCGGAGAGCAAGGUGUCGUGCCUCAAGGACAAGGUGGACGUGCUGACCUACUGCAAGAAGAUGUACCCCAAGAGGGACAUCACCAACAUCGUGGAGGCGUCCCACUCCGUCAAGGUGACCGGCUGGUGCCGCCUGGGCCACAAGAAGUGCAAGCACUCGGCCAUGGUGAAGCCCUUCCGGUGCUUAGAGGGCCCGUUCCAGAGCGACGCCCUGCUGGUGCCCGAGUCGUGCCUGUUCGACCACGUGCACAACCAGACGCGCUGCUGGGAGUUCGGCCGGUGGAACGAGACGGCGGCCCAGUCCUGCGCCGACCGCGACAUGCAGCUGCGCUCCUUCGCCAUGCUGCUGCCCUGCGGCAUCUCCGUCUUCGCGGGCGUCGAGUUCGUGUGCUGCCCCAAGAACGACCCGAUGAAGGGCGUCAAGCUGCCCGUGGACAUGGCCCCGCUGCCCAGCACCACCAACGCCAACAAGCAGGACAAGGAGGACGCCGUCGAGAGCCCGUUCGACGCGUCCGACGACGCCUCGUCCGCCGCCCUGGACGCCUCGGAGGAUGACGAGGACGAGGAGGACCUGGACGACGAGGAGCAGGACGCGGCGCUGCCCGACAACCAGGGCGACCGCGACCGCGCGCUGUCCGACAACCAGGGCGACAGUGACAACCAAGGCGACGGCGACGACGAGUCGGACGACUCGGACGAGUACAACGACGAGGACACCGGCGCUGGCAACGGCUCGGACGACAACAAGGUGACGCCCCCGACGACGCGGCUGCCGAGCUCCAGCGCCGCCCCGCAGCCCUCCGCCAUGGUGCCCGCCGCCGAGGCCAGGAACACGCCCUCGCCUUACCCGACGCCCUCGCCCACGCCCGACCCCUACUUCAUGCACUUCGACCCCCGCCGCGAGCACCAGGACUACAAGCAGGCCCAGCACCGCCUGGAGGAGACCCACCGCGAGAAGGUCACUAAGGUCAUGAAGGACUGGUCCGACCUGGAGGAGCGCUACCAGGAGAUGCGCGCGCUCGACCCCAAGGGCGCCAUGGACUUCAAGAAGCGCAUGACGGUGCGCUUCCAGAAGACGGUGCAGUCCCUGGAGGAGGAGGGCGACGCCGAGAAGCACCAGCUCGUGGCCAUGCACCAGCAGCGCGUGCUGGCGCACAUCAACCAGCGCAAGAAGGAGGCCAUGACUUGCUACACCACCGCCCUGAACGACAGCCCACCCAACACCCACCGCGUGCAGAAGUGCCUGCAGAAGCUGCUCCGCGCCCUGCACAAGGACCGCCACCACACCAUCGCCCACUACCGCCACCUGCUGGCCUCGUCCUUCGAGCAGGCCGAGCGCGAGAAGCCCAUCACCCUGGAGCACCUCACCGACAUCGACCGCAUGGUCAACCAGUCCCUUCAGAUGCUGCAGCGGUUCCCGUCACUGCAGGAGAAGAUCGGCCAGCUCAUGGAGGACUACAUCCAGGCCCUGCGCAGCAAGGACGACACCCCCGGCUCCCUGCUCACCAUGACCCGCGCCGCCGAGUCCGCCAUCCUGGACAAGUACCAGGCCGACGUGGCCACCCAGCAGGAAGAGAAAGAGCGACAGCGCACCCUGGAGCGGCAGCGCAAGGAGCAGCGCAAGAAGGAGCGCGUGGAGCUGCGCGAGGAGAAGAUGCGCGUGGAGGCGGCGUUCGGCAAGACGCUGCCCAAGGAGCCCGUCAAGGACGUCGCCAGCAAGUUCGACCCCGAGCUGGACGACGACGUGCACGACGACCGCGACGUGAGCGACAGCAGCAGCAACCAGGAGGACACGCCGCUGUCCAGCCUGCCGCUCUUCAACCUGCCCGCCGCCAACCUGCCCGCCGGCAGCAGCAGCAGCGUGAGCAGCAGCAGCGUCGGCAGCUCCACGUCGUCGCCGGCCCCCGCCGCCCCGGCCGCCCCCGCCGAGCACGCCCCGCAGCGCGAGGCCCAGCCCCAGCGUGAGCGCCCCACGCCCCCCGCCCCCGAGCUGGCCGUCCUCAGCCACAAGGAGGAGGGCCCCAAGGUCGCCCACGCCCAGACCCACGACGUCAGCCACGGCGAGCCGACCUUCUCCCUGCGCCGCGACUACCGCCGGGAGAGCAAGGGCGUGUACUUCACGCUCGCCUUCGCCGGCAUCGCGCUCAUGGCCGCCGUGGUGGUGGGCAUCGCGCUGCUCAGGAGAAGGAGCGCCCGCCUGCCCCAGAACCAGGGCUUCGUGGAGGUGGACCAGGCCGCGACCCCGGAGGAGCGUCACGUCGCCAACAUGCAGAUCAACGGCUACGAGAACCCCACCUACAAAUACUUUGAAGUCAAAGAGUAAGGUGGAGGUGUCAUGUGAUGCUCUCAGAAUGUUUCUUAGAAAGCGAUUGAGCAGUGGAAGAUGCUAAAAACAUGGAAGAAUCUCAUCGCAUGUUUAUUGUUUGUUUCCACAAUGUAUGUUUAAAGCAAUUUCCUGGUGUGUUACUUAAAUGAAUCAUCGCAAAAUUUCUGUAGAUUGCCAGAAGGUGACAUACAAUACCUCCUUUUAGCAGGUUUUAGCCAGAGUUUUUUUGACUGUGACCCUAUGAUUCACUUAAUUGAUAUUCUUCACUUGUGCCCAUAUUGUUGUUCUACAAUACCUACUGUAAGAUGUCAGGUGUUUUCCCACUGCAUGCCAUCAUUUUAACUCUUUAUGGUAUUAAAUAAAUGUAGAAAUUCCAGGCUGGUUGAGGAGAGAAAGGUGCAUAGAAGGAAGGCUUGCCACUUGUAAGGCUGAUUGACAAGACCAUAUGCUGCUUUGGUCGCAUCUUGUGAUGUGAUCAAUGACAGCUCUUACCACCUAGUAAUAUGGUUGUGAUUACCCGGUGGAAUGUAGUCAUGGGGAAAGGAAAGGUAUUAGAGAAGUUGGAUUAGAUGUGGCAGCAUGAUUUUUAAUUUACUUUUGAUUUGGUGAUUUGCUAUAAAUAGCUUAUUUAUUUUAUGCUGCUUAUUGAUAAAAAGCUUGUAUAUUGAAUGAAAUUUUGGGCAUUCAUAUGCUCUUGCACAAUUCCUCAGUCUUACUUGUUACAUUUAUUUAUUAUAUUGAUACUUAUUUUUAAGAACUAUUAUGUUAUUAUGUUAUGAGAUUUUUGCUGCCAUUUCAAAGAAAAGAAAACUCCAUCCACUUUAGCAUUUUUAUCCUUACUCAUUAAUUUUACCAAGUGCUCUCCACUUUUACUCUUUCUUUUCAUGUUUCUGCAAACACCAUCUUUAGCAUUUUAUUUUACGUAAUAUAAUGAUUUAGAUGAAUAAGAAACCCUAAGCCUCUAAAUGUAGGCAGAUAGAAAGUGUGUGACGCUGCAUUUCCUGCUCUCAUUAUGUAUGGCUUAUGUCCUAGUUUGUGUAUGAAUCAUACACAAAUGUAGAUUCGUAAGUAUCAUUGAAAAUAGUGCUAUUUUGUAUAAAAGUAAAACUUAUAUCUACUUGUAAUUGUGUACUGAGUUCUUAAGUCAUUUCAUGCAAGUAGAAUCUGAGGUCAAAGUGCACUCAGAUGUUAUUUGGUUUGUUUUAAAAUAUGCGUAUAUUUAGAGUGUGUAUGCAUGUUUAAUGUAUAAGAUUGUUUUUUUUAUUGGCAUAUGAAAUUUUAUUUAUUGCUGUUUAAAUAUUUGAUUUUCCACCAGCAGUGUGUCAGCACAAUCCAAAGAGGCAUUUCGUGUUCAGCAUCAAGUUUUCUCUGCAGGUACCACAGUACUUUCACAGUACAACUGUGCCUUUCUCUCAUUUAAAGGUUGAAUUGGAAUUGUGUGCCCUUGUCCACUUCUCUUUUUUUUUCACAUGAAUAGUUCAUAUCAUUUUUCAUCAUGACUGCAUAAACUUAGAUAAAGGAGAAGUCUGUUGAAGAAAAUCAAAGAGACCACUGUGUUUAAUCCAUUCCAGGGAGGGACUUUUAACAGUCAUGAGCUUCUAGUCAGGGCUAUGAUUUCAAUUAACCAGGGACACACUUGUUGCUUAAUUGUAUAAAAGAUAUUGAGUCACUAAGUUACUCUGUGUGUAGUGAGUCGCAUUUGUGCGUUUUCUUUUCUGACACUAGAAUAACUCGCUGCACUGUAGACAGAACCAAAGUUAAGGGGCACAACAGCAUUGUAAUAAUUUCACAGAGACACCUUUGGUCUCAAUGGGUGUGAAUUUACAGCUCCGAAAAUCUGUUUUAAUCUUACCAGAUCAAGCAGUCUAACUUUGCCCCUUUAUAUUACAGUGACAAAUUUGACACUUUUCAAAAAAUUAUUGAGAUCAGGGAAGUAUAAACUUUGUUGUGUUAACAAAAGAAAAAGUGUCUGCUGUGUGAGCAAUACAGGAUCUUUGUGUGGUAGCCCCUUUGUAUCUACUGACACAUGCUAGUUAUUUGACAUGGGUCUUGGAUAUCCUUCAAAUCAUACAGUAUAUGUGGGAACUUUGAUGUGUGGGUAGCUUAUUUGGACAUGAUUUUGAUGUGAUUUCGUUUGGCACAUUAUUUCUUAGUUUUCUUCAACCUGAAUCUCAGAAUAGGAAACUCAUUCUCUUUAUAUCAUUUGUUAUUCCUUCAUUCCCAAAAGUGCAGGAAAGCAGGCGUGGCAGCGCAUCAGUGGUGUUUUCAAAAUAACCCUUAAAUUUGCUGCAAUUAAAAAAUAUCAAUAUGAAGAUAUCCCUUUUCAGCCUGUUUGGCAAAGUAAAUUUUUCUUUAGGUGUAUGUGUCUUUAUAGUACUAUUACCUACUUCCUACCUGGUAUUAGUUAAACUUCAUACUUAUGCAUCUCUUAUAACUUCUAUGCAUCUUAUUAUAAUAGCUAUACCUUUCUUAGUUACUAAUACCUAUGUAAGAGCAAACUCCUGCUAAAAUUUACCUGUGUAUGUAAUUUUGUGUCAUGUGUCUCCAACUGUAAUUUAGGUGGCAAAAGCUAAAACUUUGUAUAAAUUAAACGAAGCCCAUAAAAACAGUA